AUGACAGGAAGAGCUAGAGCCAGAGCAAGAGGAAAACCUCCAGGACAGGAGGCUGCUUUUCGUCCUGUAGGAGCUUCAUAUGUUCCACAGACUUUGCCAAGCCAGCUGCCCGGCCGUCAGCAACCUCAGCAGCCACAUGUUCUUCCACCAGUACCAGAAGCUCAUGGUAGUCGUGGGCGACAGAGGGGCCCUCAGGGUGUCCCCAAAACUAUAGGAUUACAGAUUUCGGCAGGAUUUCAGGAAUUGUCUCUAUCAGAUAGGGGUGGACAUCGUAGAGAUUUCCAUGACCUCGGGGUACACACUCGGCAAGCCAUAGAACAUGUUAAAGAAUCAAAAACUGGUUCUUCAGGUGUUCAGAUAAAGUUACUUACAAAUUACAUCCGUUUGAAGUCUCGACCCCAGUGGGCUUUGUAUCAGUACCAUGUCAGCUACAACCCGGAGAUGGAGGCACGCCGGCUUCGGUCAGCUUUGCUCCUGCAGCAUGAAGACCUACUCGGAAUAACACAUGCAUUUGAUGGCUCAAUAUUAUUCUUGCCAAGAAGACUAGGGAAUAAGGUUACUGAAGUUCUGAGUAGGACUCGACAUGGAGAGGAUGUGAAGAUAACGAUCACGUUGACUAAUGAGUUGCCACCUACCUCACCUACAUGUCUGCAGUUUUACAACAUCAUCUUUAGAAGGCUUUUGAAAAUGUUGAAUUUGCAGCAGAUCGGACGUAAUUUCUACAACCCUGGUGACCCUGUCAGCAUCCCUAAUCACAGGUUGAUGGUUUGGCCAGGCUUCACAAGUUCUAUUCUCCAUUAUGAAGAGAGCAUUAUGUUAUGUGUAGAUGUGAGCCAUAAGGUUCUUCGCAGUGAAACAGUGUUGGAUUUUAUGUACAGUCUGUAUCACCAGGUGGAAGAGCAAAAAUUUAGAGAUGCCUGUGCUAAAGAGUUGAUAGGUUUGGUUGUUCUUACAAAGUACAAUAACAAAACAUACAGAGUUGAUGACAUCGACUGGGAAGGCAAUCCACAGUGUACCUUUAGAAGAGCAGAUGGUUCUGAGAUCAGCUUUGUGGACUACUAUAAGAGGCAAUAUAAUGAAGAAAUUAGUGACUUGAACCAGCCUGUCUUGAUCAGUCAGUCUAAGAGGAAAAGAGGAAUCAGCAUGCCAGGACCUGUGAUUCUAAUUCCAGAGCUGUGCUUCCUAACAGGUUUAACUGACAAGAUGCGUAAUGACUUUAAUAUGAUGAAAGACUUGGCUGCUCAUACCCGACUGCCACCUGAGCAAAGACAGCAUGAAGUUAAAAGACUUAUUAACUACAUCCAAAAAGAUGACAACGUUCAGAAAGAGCUCAGAAACUGGGGCUUAAGCUUUGAUUCUGAUUUAGUAUCCUUUUCAGGAAGAGUCGUACAAGGAGAAAAGAUCUUUCAAGCAGGAAGUGUGUUUGAUUACAACCCUCAGCUUGCUGAUUGGUCAAAGGAAAUUAGAGGAGCUCCCUUAAUCUGUGCCAAGCCCCUGGACAACUGGCUAUUGAUAUACACACGGCGCAACUAUGAUGUUGCAAAUACAUUGGUACAAAAUCUGUUCAAAGUCACACCAUCUAUGGGAAUCAGGAUGAACAAAGCAACCAUGAUUGAAGUAGAUGACAGGACAGAAUCUUACUUAAGGGCUUUACAGCAAAGCAUUACUGCUGACACAAACAUAGCAGUUUGUGUUUUGUCCAGUACCCGAAAGGAUAAGUACGAUGCUAUCAAGAAAUACUUAUGUACAGAUUGUCCCAUUCCAAGCCAAUGUUUACUUGCUCGCACCUUAAGCAAGCCUCAGACUGCUGUGGCCAUAGCAACAAAAAUUGCCUUGCAAAUGAACUGCAAAAUGGGUGGAGAACUUUGGAGUGUUGAGAUCCCAUUGAAACAGGUGAUGGUUGUGGGAAUUGAUUGUUACCAUGACAACUUAUUUGGAAAGCAGUCAGUCGCAGGAUUUGUUGCUAGCCUGAAUCAAACAAUGACUCGGUGGUUUUCCCGCUCUGUUGUUCAAAAUCGUGGGCAAGAACUUGUGGAUGGGCUCAAAGCUUGCUUGCAAACUUCUCUGAGAGAGUGGUUCAAGUGGAAUAAUUAUUUGCCCUCUCGUAUUAUUGUGUAUCGUGAUGGUGUAGGAGAUGGACAGCUGAACACAUUGGUUAAUUAUGAAGUGCCUCAAUUUCUGGAUUGCUUGAAGAGUGUUGGUACAGACUACAAUCCAAAACUUACUGUGAUAGUUGUGAAGAAACGAAUGAGUAGCAGAUUUUUUGCAGUGUCUGGUGGAGGACUUAAAAACCCACCCCCUGGUACUGUUGUUGAUGUGGAGGUUACCAGACCGGAAUGGUAUGACUUCUUUCUUGUCAGUCAGACAGUGAGAAAUGGUUGUGUGGCACCCACCCAUUAUAAUGUCAUCUACGACAGUAGCAAACUGAAACCAGAUCACCUACAACGUUUAACCUACAAACUUUGCCACAUGUACUAUAACUGGUCGGGUGUGAUCAGAGUACCUGCACCUUGCCAAUAUGCUCAUAAACUGGCUUUCCUUGUUGGUCAGAGCAUUCACCGAGAACCGGACCUGCUGCUUUCAGACAAACUUUACUAUCUUUGA